GCAAAUCAACUCGUGACUUCAAAGCAGUCGGACGCAUCGAUUCAGUGCAGCGUGCGCUCUCGUUUUCCUCAGUUCGUCGGUUUCAGUUCGCUUCGGGAAGACCACUUCUGCGAUGGCCAGCAACACCCAAGGAAUCCAGCAGCUUCUGGCCGCGGAAAAGAAGGCCGCCGAUAAGGUUGGCGAGGCGCGCAAACGCAAGGCACGUCGUCUAAAGCAGGCCAAGGACGAGGCCACAGAGGAAAUUGAAAAGUACCGUGCCGAGCGGGAGCGCACCUUCAAGGAGUUCGAAGCCAAGCACGUUGGAUCCCGUGAAGGCGUUUCGAACAAGAUCGAUGCCGAUACUCGUGUUCGCAUCGACGACAUGAACCGUGCUCUGAGCACCCACAAGGAACCGGUCAUCAUGGACGUGCUAUCGUUCGUGUACGCCAUCAAGACGGAGGUGCACAAGAACUACCGCCAAUAGAGCGGUCAAGUGGUUAAGAUGCGUCUACAAGAUCCCGAUCCCAGCUUUCGAAAGAUCCAACCCAAACUAUCCACCAUGGGUCGAGUUGAUUUUCACACACGAACAUUCCUCUUCCGACGAACAAACCUGCAUAUGGUGUUCCCCAGUGCAGUACAAUCACUUCUUCCAAUUUAUUUCAUCCCCCCCUUCACAAUUGAUAACGUGUGCUGGAACGUAUCUUGACUGUAUCUUCCAGUAACCUUUCGUCGAAGACUUCCUUUUUUGUUUUAUGUAUGUAUCCUCCCAGCAGUGGAAUGGAGUUUUAAAAUCAAAUAGUAUUUUAAUUUGCUAAACAUAAGAUUAUGUAAAAAGGAAACGCUCUAGGUUAUACUUAAUAAAGUAAGUGUUAAACAAAAAAAA